UUCGCUGCCAAUAAUUUAUGCCAUGACUUAUUCGGCAGCAGAUUAGCAUCUGUAACAAAUAACUUUCAAAAUAACGCCCUGGCCAGUUACAUCGCAACUAAAAACCAAUAUGUUCUACGUUACUGGAUAGGAGGAAAUAGGUUUGUCGAUGGCAAAAAUCUCAUGUGGCAUUUGGUUGACCAGAAACCGAUGAAUUACCAAAAUUGGAUGCCAGGAGAGCCUAAUAAUCUUAAAGGCAAUGAAACAUGUGUCGAAUUUAUUUAUGAUAUGAGGCUAACUAAUUCAUGCAAAUGCGGAUGGAAUGAUAAUGUCUGCCAAAAACCGUUUCCAUUUAUCUGCGAAUAA